ACCCAACUAGAGUACUCCAUCUUCCUCCUCUCCCCGCUGGCCCAUCCCACCAUGCUUCUUGCUCGCAAGCUUCUCCCAUGGCCGCGCCCCAGACGGUCGCGAGACCAGGCUCUAACCCGCCGCCUCUUCCGCGCCUCCCACCUCUCCGACCCGGACGACGACGACCCCCCGUUCACGCGAAUCCCAAGCAACCCGCCUCGAGCUCCGGCACCGCCGCCGCCGCCGAAUUCGAAGGCCCAGGCCAGCAAGAUCAUCCCCGACGAGCCGGCGCGCUCCGACCUACCCUUCGACUUCCGGUACUCGUACUCGGAGGCUGACCCGUCCUGGAGGCCCAUCGGGUUCCGCGAGCCCACCCGGUUCUCGCCCUUCGGCCCCGGCCGCCUUGACCGGCCCUGGGACGGCGUCGCCGCGCGCGUCGACGGGGAAGUCGGGGAUGGAGACGCCCGUCAGAGUACUAGGGAGGAGGUGCUUGGCGAUGCGCUGUCGGAGGCGGAGGUGGCGGAGCUCGUCGAGAGGUACCGACACAGUGACUGCUCCAGGCAGAUCAAUCUGGGGAAAGGAGGUGUAACACAUAAUAUGCUCGAUGACAUCCACAACCACUGGAGACGUGCAGAAGCCGUUAGGAUCAAAUGUCUUGGGGUGGCAACUCUUGACAUGGACAAUAUAUGCUUCCAUCUCGAGGAUAAAACAGGUGGGAAAAUCAUAUACCGUUGCAUAAAUAUCCUUAUCCUAUAUCGUGGUCGGAACUAUGAUCCAAAACAACGGCCUGUCAUACCAUUGAUGUUGUGGAAGCCAUUGGCUCCUAUUUAUCCUAGAGUCGUCCAAAAUGUUGCUGAAGGGUUGACUUUUGAGGAAACCAAAGAAAUGAGGAAUAGAGGAUUGAAUUCACCACCGCUUAUGAAAUUGACUAGGAAUGGUGUUUAUGUUAAUGUUGUUGAAAAAGUGAGAGAGGCCUUUAAGACUUUGGAAGUAGUGAGACUAGAUUGCUCUCACACUGGCACUAGCGAUUGCAAGAAAAUUGGUGUGAAGCUGAGGGAUUUGGUUCCAUGUGUUCCUAUACUCUUUAAAGAUGAGCAAAUUAUCCUCUGGAGAGGGAAGCUAGAUCAAGAGGACUCAGUUUCAGCUCAUUCUGUUUCUCAACCACAGUGAUGCAAGGGUCUAUAAUAUAACCCUGUAGUCAGUGAAGCUGCUAGCUGAAGCAGUCCUGCUGCUUGGAUGACUUCUGUCUGUUCCAUGAGGUGUGACCGCUAAAGCAUACCCGGAACUGCAGCCUACGACAAAUGAUCUAAGUGCCCAUCUACGUAUCUAGCUGUUUGAAGUAACUGUCUCGGCGGUAUCUGGACCGCACCACAGGAAAGUGAUGCCCUUUUGGGGUGAAGAACAAGACAAUGUCCAAGAUAUGCAGCAGCAGCAAUGUCCUUGCUUGGAAGCGAUUGCUGUGAUACAGUCAGUGGUUCUUCUAUCUGAGGGAUUCAGACAGGUCUCAGCUUCAGUCUUGCGUCUUCUAGGCUUUGGCCUCUGCAGUUCUGAAAGUCUCAGCUCGUUCCCCUCUGGGAUCAAGCGCUCAAGAUGGAGACGCAAAAAACUGAUUCUGUAUAAAUAUGUAAUUUACAUCCAUGCCUUUUGAAUAUAAAACGGAUCAUGCAACUCUCUUUUCCGUGAAUGAUGUUGCAAAGAGUAGAUCA